AUGGUAGAUGCUCCGAACGGCCUGAGCGAUCAUUUUGGACUUGAACAGGAAGAUAACCACGACGGCACCAUGUACGAUGAUGCUGAUCUUGUUAUCGACGAGUUCGAGUCCUCGGACGAGAACGAUGAAUUUAUCAAGUCCUUAACGAAGCAAAACCUGCUGCCUACUGGCUGCUGCUAUGAUGAUCGGAUGAAGCUGCACGCAAACGCUGACUUUGGCCCCUCGCCGCAUCAUCCCGAAGACCCGCGAAGAAUCGAGGAAAUCAUGAAGAUCUUCAAGAAAGCAGGACUUGUUUAUACCGGACCCGAUACAGAGCUGUCAGAGAUCCUUAAGGACACGCCGACCAAAUACAUGUGGAGGAUCCCAGCUCGUGAUGCCACGAGAGCAGAGAUAUGCACGUGCCAUACUGCUCGCCACUUCGAUUGGGUGCGAGGAUUAUCCAACAUGUCGACCCAGGAUCUACGUCAGCUCAGUCACAGCUUAGAUCAGGGCAGGGCCUCACUCUAUGUGGGUGCCAUGUCAUUCGAGGCUGCCUUACUUGCUGCGGGAGGAGCAAUCGAGACUUGCAAGAACGUCGUCGCAGGCAGAAUCAGAAAUGGCUUUGCCAUCAUCAGGCCGCCAGGGCACCAUGCUGAAUAUGAUUGUUCCAUGGGAUUCUGCUUGUUCAACAACGUGCCCAUAGCAGCAACCAUCUGUCAACGGGAAUACCCGGAAAAGUGUCGCAAAAUCCUCAUACUUGAUUGGGACGUUCAUCAUGGCAAUGGCAUUCAGAACUUGUUCUACACAGAUCCGAAUGUCCUCUACAUAUCUUUGCACGUGUAUCAAAAUGGCCAGUUCUACCCCGGAAAGCCUGAGAACCCGCGGAUUCCUGACGGAGGUAUCGACCAAGUUGGCGAGGACGCAGGGAGAGGCAAGAACGUCAAUAUAGGCUGGGCUGACCAAGGAAUGGGUGAUGGAGAGUACCUUGCCGCAUUUCAAAAGAUCGUUAUGCCCAUCUCUCAGGAAUUCAAUCCUGAUCUCGUCAUCAUUUCGUCCGGGUUUGAUGCUGCGCAAGGAGAUGAACUGGGUGGGUGCUUCGUAACACCUAGCUGUUAUGCCCACAUGACUCAUAUGCUCAUGUCACUUGCCGGUGGCAAGGUAGCCGUCUGUCUCGAGGGCGGUUAUAACCUCAAAGCCAUUUCCCAGUCCGCUCUAGCAGUCGCGCGGACCUUGAUGGGCGAGCCACCUCCUCAAAUGGAGCAGCUUCCCAGGAUUGAAAAGGAGGCGGCCAAAGUUCUUGCUAAGGUCCAAGCUACGCAUGCCCCAUACUGGGAGUGCAUGAGACCGGGAAUCAUUGAUAUUCCGGAGUCAGACGCCGGUGCUAAUCGGCUUCAUGAUGUCGUCCGUGGCUACCAACGCCAGAAUUUGGCUGAGAGAUUCAGCAUGGUACCACUCUUCAUCCAACGAGAGGCUCUAUUCAAAUCGUUCGAAAAUCAAGUUCUGGUUUCGGCUGGCAUCCAAGAGAAGAAGAAGGUCUUGUUUAUCAUUCAUGAUCCACCUGAACUCGUCGCUAUGCCAGACGUGAUUGACAAUACAGUCGAACCUCACAAUGCAUUCAUUUUAGAUGGCGUCGCCUCUUACGUUGAGUGGGCUUAUAACAACGGCUUUGGCGUCAUCGAUGCAAAUGUGCCGCACUACGUCACUCGUCCAGAGGAUGUCGAUCCGUAUAUUCCUGGAGCAAAUGAGAGGACUCUUUCGGUCCAGAUCAAGGAGCUGGUGAAUUACAUUUGGGACAACUACCUCCAGCUCUAUGAAGCCGAAGAUAUCUUCUUGCUUGGAGUUGGCAACGCUUACCUUGGUGUAAAGCUUCUCCUAACUGAGCGACACUGCAAGGACCGGGUUACCGGGGUUGUCAAUUUUGUUACUGGCAAUUUACGCCCCGUUAAGUCCGCGGUAGACGAGGAUCUCUCGACGUGGUACAAGAAGAACUCGCUGGUCUAUGUGGCCAACGACCAUGCCUGCUGGAGUGAUCCCGACCUUGCCAAGAAGGUGGGCAAGAAACGGUUCGGUGGCGUCAAGCGUAGCAACCAGGUCGGACUGAAUCGUAUGAUGCAAGAGCAUGCCGGUGAGGUCCACGAGUGGAUCACCGGAAGGCUCCCAGACAGUGGAAAUACUACGGAGGACGAGAAGAUGACUUGA